AUGAGCAGAGCGUCCUCAACAGGAGCAGAGCGUCCUCAACAUGAGCAGAGCGUCCUCAACAGGAGCAGAGCGUCCUCAGCAGGAGCAGAGCGUCCUCAACAGGAGCAGAGCGUCCUCAGCAGGAGCAGAGCGUCCUCAACAGGAGCAGAGCGUCCUCAGCAGGAGCAGAGCGUCCUCAACAGGAGCAGAGCGUCCUCAGCAGGAGCAGAGCGUCCUCAACAGGAGCAGAGCGUCCUCAGCAGGAGCAGAGCGUCCUCAACAGGAGCAGAGCGUCCUCAACAGGAGCAGAGCGUCCUCAGCAGGAGCAGAGCGUCCUCAACAGGAGCAGAGCGUCCUCAGCAGGAGCAGAGCGUCCUCAACAGGAGCAGAGCGUCCUCAGCAGGAGCAGAGCGUCCUCAACAGGAGCAGAGCGUCCUCAGCAGCAGCAGAGCGUCCUCAACAGGAACAGAGCGUCCUCAACAGGAGCAGAGCGUCCUCAGCAGCAGCACAGUGUCCUCAGCAGGAGCAGAGCGCCCUCAGCAGGAGCAGAGCGUCCUCAGCAGGAGCAGAGCGUCCUCAGCAGGAGCAGAGCGUCCUCAACAGGAGCAGAGCGUCCUCAACAGGAGCAGAGCGUCCUCAGCAGGAGCAGCAGCGUCCUCAACAGGAGCAGAGCGUCCUCAACAGGAGCAGAGCGUCCUCAACAGGAGCAGAGCGUCCUCAGCAGGAGCAGCAGCGUCCUCAACAGGAGCAGAGCGUCCUCAACAGGAGCAGAGCGUCCUCAGCAGGAGCAGAGCGUCCUCAGCAGCAGCAGAGCGUCCUCAGCAGGAGCAGAGCGUCCUCAGCAGCAGCACAGUGUCCUCAGCAGGAGCAGAGCGUCCUCAGCAGGAGCAGAGCGUCCUCAGCAGGAGCAGAGCGUCCUCAGCAGGAGCAGAGCGUCCUCAGCAGCAGCAGAGCGUCCUCAGCAGGAGCAGAGCGUCCUCAGCAGCAGCAGAGCGUCCUCAGCAGGAGCAGAGCGUCCUCAGUAGCAGCAGCACAGUGUCCUCAUCAGGAGCAGAGCGUCCUCAGCAGGAGCAGAGCGUCCUCAGCAGGAGCAGAGUGUCCUCAGCAGGAGCAGAGCGUCCUCAGCAGGAGCAGAGCGUCCUCAGCAGGAGCAGAGUGUCCUCAGCAGGAGCAGAGCGUCCUCAGCAGGAGCAGAGAGUCAGCAGAAACAGACCAACUAGUUUACAUCACAAUUCAGUGGGGCUCCAAUCCCGUAAAUCCCACAGAGACCGGCCUUAA